AUCUCCCACCGCAAAUACGAUCAUGCCCACUACCCGGACCUGUUCGAACAGUAUUGCCACAUAACCUCCGCCAGAUGAAGACUGGACCAUGCCAAUCGACCGCACAAACACCAACAAUGGACGGCCUUUAAAGCCCUCGCUGGCAACCACCCGUACCUCAAAAACUCCAAUUACUCCUCGACUCGCAGCCAACAUCGCUUCCGCUACAACUACGCAGUCUACUCGUUCCGUACGUAGUACCGCAUCCACUACACCCCGGGCGGCUACGGCAUCGCAAGAGGAGGUCUCAACGCCAGUCAAGUCAUUCUUGAGCAGCAAUGUCACUCCUCGGUCUUCCUCGAGAAAGUCUCGCGUCGGCGUGAGCAGCACCAACUCCACACCGAGCAGUACGCCCUCCGUUACACCGAGCAGUUCCCGACCAUCAUCUCAUAUCGACCUGCCGUUGAGAGAUCCUGGCCAAGGUUAUAAUGGGCUUGGGACUAAUGGACAGACGGGUGCCCAGAGCUCUAAUCGGCCAAGGAGCACGCUCGGAGGGAAUCAAUAUAUCACGACCCCGACACCAAGACCCCCGAUAGCGAACGUAUAUAACCACACAACCACGGAUCACGCCCUAGGACGAGACAACGGACCACGAUUCUUCCAUGCCAGUGAUGUCCGAGCUCAUGAGCCUGCCCCACAGCCCAAGAAGGCACCCGUUUUCUUUUAUGCGAAUGGUCAGCAAGACGGUAGUCCUAAGAGCCCAUCUUCUCCAUUGUCCUCGGUAGAUAGAGCCUCUUCCUCCAGCAAAUUCUUCCAUGCCGACUCGGUAUCAGAAGGAAGGGGCAACUCGCCAGUUCUCUCUCCACCACUGGGUCCGACUUCACCAGAGCCAUGGAUGAAUACCAAUCCUUUAAACCAGCCGCAACCAGUCCGCCCACUGUCCCCUUCUAAGGAGAACAUCCAUCUUUCUUACCGGAAAGGCGCUUCACAAGUCAUUCGCCCUGCUCUAAACAGAGGUCCAUCCGCAUUAUCCAUCUUGUCAGGUCAAUCGCACACCUCUGAAGCUGUAGACGACCGAUCUAGAAGACGCUCGAGUGUAGCAUCGUCUAUAAUUAGACAGGGACAUGGCAAAAGCGCCAGUCUAUCUUCUAUAGAUAUCACACCCGUAAAAAGCUCUUUGCCAAUAGACUCUCACGGCAUAUCUAGUCCACUUUACAAUGAGAAAAGAGUGAGCAGCAGUGGCUCCCUGGCUGAGAGCAUAGCCUCAGCACCUCCUCCGGGAAUGGAAGCAUUGUCUACCAAUGCAUCGCCAGGACCUAUGAGCCCAACGAAGACACCCGAGGGAAAGAGUGAGCUGGAACGAUUGAAUGAGUUAGCGGCCAAUGCCCGGCGCGAGAGAAAAGUUCUCGACCUCGAGAUCAGCAAUUCCUCCCUACUUGCUAUCAAUCGCCAGCUUGAAAAGGAAGUGCGGAAGCAGAAAGCUGAACUGCGGCGGUUCCGCCGAAUGAGUCGUGCAGGACGAUUCCCAGCAGAUUCUUCAAUGCCUAAUCCGGACUCAUUCUCAGCCAUUGCAGGCGCCGAGCACGGCGAUUUAUCUGACAUGUCAGAAGAGGAAGAGAAAGAGCCUGUGGAGGAGGAGCCAGAUUCCAGCAGCGACUCUUCCAUAGAUGAGACGACUAUGAGCUCUUCUGCUCUCGCAGAACGCGACGCCGACCAUCGCCUCAAGGACGAAAAACGCAUCCAGCUCGAUCUUUCUAAGCACAGGGACCUACUCGUUGACAGCCAAAAGAUGAACCAAAGCCUGAAGCGAUGCCUCAAUUGGACCGAAGAGCUCAUAAAAGAUGCGCAAAAGGCUUUGGCUUACCAGGUUCGCCCCAGUGACGUUAAAUUAGGUGGCCGUGUCCUCGAUGAUGAAGAGGCACCAGAGGCGGGACGUGAUGAUUCCAGGGCACUUUUGAGCCCGUGGACACCGACUUACCAAACCACCGAUCCACUUGAUCGCGUGUCCCUCACACCCUCGGAGCGAACAGACCGUGACAGCGGCAUAGACGUGGAUGGUCUGAAGCCUAUGGGUCCGGACCUCCACAGCGACAUUUCACCACUUGCAUCACCACUUGGUGAAUCCACCCGACAACUUUUUCAACUCGCGGCAGGUCUCGAUGAGACCUACUAAUUUAAACUACCAUUCAAGAAAUUUCCCAUUUCCUAUGUUCUCGAUCGAAUUACUCUGCAAAAUCCCGGCGUUCCUCCAUCUACUCCAGGUUUUACUCUCGUUUACCUUUGCUUUUCCGGUUUUGGCAUAAUCGACCACGGCGCAUCCGGACCUUCACGUUGAGUGCGAUCUCAACGCCCCCACGAAU